AUGGACCCACCGGAGGACCCCGGGGGUACCGCCCCCGAGGUCGCUCUACUCGUAACUAUAAGUAAUAAUGAAGAUUCCAUGGACACAGACUGUUCAUUUAAUUUAUCUGAUCAUUCGGGUACAAAACGUAAGCGUAAAUCUGCAAUAGCGAAUAUUUUAAAUAAUGAGGAUAAACAAGAAACUUCUAACCCUGGUUUAAUAAAUAAUCAGGAUAAUGAUUCAACUCGCCCACAAACUUCUAUUAGUAGAGUUUACUACCAGUCCCAUGAUGCUGCUCCAUUCAUAGUUCAUAUUCAAAAGAUUCUGUCUUCACCGGAUGAUAAAACUACGCUUCACCCAAUAGACUUUGGCCGUUAUCUUAAAAAAAGCUUUUACAAAAAUGUUGUUGUUGAUGGUAGUCUUAAAAAAAUUGGCAGGAACAGAUUAUCCAUAUCAUUCUCACAAUAUAAGGAUGCAAAUUCCUUCAUAGAUAGUGCAGAUUUAAAGAAAUAUAACUAUAAUGCUUUCAUACCAGCUUUCAACUUAACUAGAAUGGGAUUAAUAAGGGGUGUCCCUGUUAACUGGUCUGAUGAGGAAAUCAUAGAGAAUAUUUCUGUACCAUUAGGAUGUGGUAAAAUAUUAAAAGUUAGACGUCUGAAGAGAAAAACAUUUGUUAAUGGGAUAUCUGAAUUCAUAGAGACAGAAACCAUUGUCAUAACUUUUGAUGGACAGGUACUACCCAAACGAGUUUUUAUAUGUUAUAAUUCCAUACCUGUUGAUUUAUAUAUUUACCCCACUAUUCAGUGUUAUAAUUGCUGUCGAUAUGGACAUGUUAAGAACCAAUGUAGAUCUGUACCACGUUGCUAUAAAUGUGGCAAGGGCCAUACUGGUGAAUCCUGUUCUGUUGAAGAAGAUAACUUUUCUUGCUGUAUAUGCCAAGGUGGACACCAGGCAAAUAGCAAACAAUGUCCAGAACUGUCUAGACAAAAGGCUAUUAAAGAGACAAUGGCAAAAAGCUGUGUAUCUUAUGCUGAAGCCAGUAAAUUACACCCUCCUACUAUGAAACCAUAUGCUGAUAUAGUUCGAUCUAAUCCAGUAAAUAAAAAUAAUUCUACUAGUUUUAACCAGGAUAAAAAUCACUAUACAAUUCCCACACUUAUGCAUAGAUCAUAUAAAAAAACAGUUAUAGAAAAGUCUCGUCAACCACCAAAACCAACAUAUGGUUUUAAUCGUGAGGAAUAUGCUAAUUUAAUUAAAGACUACAGUCCACCUGCUCCAGCAGAUGGAUGUGGCGAUUUUAAUGCGCAACAUCAAUAUUGGGGUAGUUCAAACAAUAACUGUUAUGGUAAUGAGGUUUUAGACAUAGUAGACAUUCACAAUUUAUGCAUUUUAAACACUGGCACACCUACACGUCGUACAGCACCCAAUGAAGGCACUAGUGCUCCAGAUCUGUCAAUAUGCACACCUAAUUUAGCAUCAACUCUUAUUUGGCAAACACUAAGCUUAUCCUUUGGCAGUGAUCAUUUCCCUAUAUUGAUUCAUUUUCCAUUUAAUAGAACAAUAACAAAUUAUUCUCCAAGAAUGAAGUAUAAUUUAAGUAAUGCUGAUUGGGAUAUGUUCCUUAAUUUUAUCACACACAAAAUAUGUACACUUCCAUUAAUAUCAGUAGGGAAUGAAAAUGAGUGUUCUGAUGCCUUUGCAACACUAUUAUUAGAGGCAGCAGAUGGUUUUUUUCCAAAAAAAGGCAAUAGCAGGGGACGGAUUCCAUCACCACCUUGGUGGGAUAAUGAAUGUACACUGGCAAUUAAAAAAAGAAAAGAGGCAGAAAAAGCAUACAACUUUUAUUCUUCAUGGGAUAACUUUAACAUUUAUUCAGAAAUUUUAAGAAAUACUAAAAAACUGUUAAGAGAGAAAAAGAUUGCUGGAUGGAAACAUUUCUGCUCAUCCAUUUCCCCCAACACUAAUAUAUCUCAAGUUUGGAGUAACAUAAGACGGUUUAGACAUGCUUUUAAUGUUUCUAGACCUAAUUCUCUUAUGCCCAGUCUUGUAGAAUCAUUUUUAGACAGGCUAGCCCCUGCAUUUGUUUCAGAAGAUCUAUCUUUGGUUUACCCUGAUCCACCUCAGUUAAGUAAUAUGACUCUUGAACCACUUGAAAUACCCUUUAGCCUUGAUGAAUUGAAAAGUAUACUAUCUAAGGUUAGGGAUUCCACUCCUGGUAAUGAUGGGAUACCAUAUUCCUUUAUUACACAUCUUGAUGAUAGCUCUCUUAACUAUUAUCUAAAACUCAUCAAUACUGUAGUAGAUACUGGUAACAUUCCAAAGUCAUGGAAAUUACAGCAAAUCAUACCCAUUCUUAAAACAGGGAAACCUUUAUCUGAUCCAGCAUCUUACCGUCCAAUAGCUCUGUCAUCUGUCUUAUUAAAACUGACAGAACAUUUAGUAAAAAACCGAUUAGAAUGGUUUGUAGAGCAUAACGAUUUGCUAUCUAAUAGUCAAUAUGGUUUUAGAAAAGGAAUGAGUACACUUGAUAGUUUAAGUAUAUUUACAACAGAUAUCCGUUUGUCAUUUACUGAAAAUAAAUCGACAAUAGCAGCUUUUUUAGAUAUUAAAGCUGCCUACGAUAAUGUCUCUAUAACAGUGCUUCAAAAUAAACUCAAUGCUUUAAAUAUUCCUCCUAGGUUAACAAAGUUCAUUAUAAAUAUGUUAUCAGAACGGUCGAUUAAUCUUGAAAAUAGUAAUCCUAGUUGUAAUUCAAACUUCAGAGUUCUUUGGAAGGGCCUUCCCCAAGGCUCUGUUUUAAGCCCUAUUUUAUAUAACAUAUAUACUUAUGACUUAGAAAAUUCAGUAACCGACCCAACUAACAAAAUAAACAUUUUGCAAUAUGCAGAUGACAUACUGUUUUAUGUCAUUGACAACUCUGUUCAGAAAUCGUGUACAGUUUUAACUUCAGCAUUAGAACGUUUAGGAAUUUGGUUACAAUUAAAUGGUUUGGAGUUAUCCGUUACAAAAAGUACUAUUGUCCAUUUUACAAGAAUGCGGACACCGCCACCAAUCUCUAUUUAUUAUAAAAACAUUUUAAUUCCGGUAAAAUCUCAAACAGUAUUUUUAGGCUUAUUAUUAGACUCAAAACUUACUGGACUUCCGCAUUUUGAACAAGUUUCUUUAAAGUGUGAAAAAUCACUGAAUAUAUUAAGAUGUUUAUCUGGAGUAUGGUGGGGUGCCCAUCCAUAUUCUUUGAAACUUGUAUAUAAUGCUAUUAUUAGAAGCAUUUUAGAUUACGGUACUUUUCUUUUAGACCCAAGUAAUGGAGCUGGAUUACGUAAAUUAGAUGCUAUACAAUCUAAAGCUUUAAGAAUAAUUACUGGCGCCAUGAAGUCCAGCCCAGUAAAUGCCUUACAAGUUGAAUGUUGUGAUCCUCCUCUAAAUCUCAGACGACAAUUCCUCGCAGAUAAAUUUUUAUUCCGUAUCUCUCAAUAUUCUAAGCACCCACUUCUCCCUAAACUACAAAUACUGGCUCAAUAUUGUAUGAAUGCACAUUAUUGGCGAAAUAAAUCUAGUCCUUGUUUAGUCGAAAGUUUUAAAAAGUUAUCUUCUCUUGACUCACCCACCUGUAAUUACAGAAGGUUUCCUCUCUUCUGUGUACCUUAUGAAGCAUUAACCCUUAUACCUGAUGUUCAUUUAAAUAUAAAUAUUACUAAAAAUGAUCCUAAUGCAAAUGCGAUGUUUAACUAUUUUAUGAAUGUCAAUAAAAAAGAUUACCACCAUGUGUUUUGUGAUGCAUCUAAGCAUAACCCUUCUGGUGGUGUUGGCGUUGGAGUUUAUCAUAAGCAAUUUGAUAUAGUUCAAAAAAUUAAAUUGCCCCCAGAAUCUUCAAUUUUUACAGGAGAAUGUUUUGGCAUCUUUAAAGCCUUAGAUUACAUUUUAACUAUGAAACUUAAACAAUCAGCAAUAUUUAGUGACUCCAUUAGUGCUUUACAGGCUUUACAAAAAGCUCCGUUCAAAUCUAAUGAAGUGUAUCCCGUCAUUAUUGAUGCUAGAAAAUUACUACAGAUGUGUAUUUCGAAAGGAUAUGUAGUCUCUUUCUUUUGGAUACCUGGUCAUUCAGGUAUUCAAGGCAAUGUGACUGCAGAUAGAUUGGCUAGUGAAGCUAUUGGGUGCGGCGAUGUUUUUCCUUAUAAAAAUUAUAGUCAUGAUUUGGCGGCUCUGCCUGUCUCUUAUCUCCGGGAUGCCUGGAAUGAGACUUGGCCUAUUAGCUGCCAAACCAAGGCCCGACAUUACUUUAAUAUUCAACCCAAAAUUCCGGUCAAACCUUGGUUUUAUUGUGUUAAGCUUAGCAAACGCGCAACGACAUCUCUUAUAAGGAUGAGAUUAGGCCACAUGAGUUCACCUUCACAUUUGGCUAAAUUAAAAAUAGUGGACACCAAUGUGUGCGAUUGUGGUAUAGACGUGGUAGUUGCAGCUUUAGGAGAGCUACAGGCGCAUCCUGCGUGGGAGGAGAGGGAUAGGGGCCGGGGGCUUGGCAGUUGA